AUGCGUUACGACAACUACCAUCACCAGGCCGAUGUGUGCCACGCCUACCAGAUUCUGAAGAAGGGAGGGCUGAAGGAGGAGAACAUCGUGGUGUUUAUGUACGACGACAUCGCCAAUAACCAUGAGAACCCAAGACGUGGAGUCAUCAUCAACCAUCCUAAAGGCAAAGAUGUUUACGCGGGUGUUCCCAAGGACUACACUGGUGACCAGGUCACUAGUAACAAUUUCUUCGCGGUCCUCAUGGGCAACAAAACCGGGGUUACUGGAGGAAGUAGGAAAGUGAUAAACAGCAAACCGAAUGAUCACAUCUUCAUCUAUUACGCGGAUCAUGGGGGGGCUGGUUCUCUUGGUAUGCCCAACAAUCCAUUCCUUUAUGCUGGCGGCUUCAUUCAGGUGUUACGAGAAAAUCAUGCUUCCAAGAGCUAUUCAAAAAUGAUAAUAUAUGUUGAAGCGUGUGAAAGCGGCAGUAUGUUUGAGGGUAUAAUGCCUCAAGAUCUCAAUAUUUAUGUUACAACAGCAGCAAACGCAGUCAAAAGUAGCUGGGGAACAUACUGCCCUGGAAUGAAUCCACCACCUCCUCACGAAUGCAAAGCUCACUACACGCUGUCCAUGCUGGCUGGAGACCUCGUCUUGUGCCGUGCGCGCGCGCGCGCGUGA